UUUGACAGUUGCUUUGAUGCACAAGAAGACUAUCGAGUUUGCAAUUUAUAAAAUGCAGCAAUUAUAUAGAAAAUAUUUGCCUUUGAUGAUUUCAAUUCUUCUGGAACUGAAAUCCAUGCAUUUAUUAGACCUUUUAGCAGUAAUAUUAGAAAUAAAAACACGUCAAAACCGUCUGGGUAUUAUGUACAUGCAACAAGACGUUUAUUCCAAAAUACUAAGCAGCAUUAUGAACGGCGAUAACAAGACUACAAAAAUGCAUCUUAGGUUGUCCUCUGCUUCGUUUCGAAAAAUUGUAACUCACAUUCCCAAAAAGCGCCACGGAUGGUCAGUGGAGUACGAAGUCAUUUGCUUUUUGUAUUGGAUGGCAUGUGGAUGCAGCUAUCGAGUAGUUGCUGGAUUUUUAGGCAUAAGCCGUUUCACUGCACGAAACGUUAUUCACAAAACCUUGAAAGAAAUUAUUGCAAUGCGUGGUUUAAUACGGCAUGGAACUGCAAAAGAAAAUGAAAGGGUUGCUGAUAAAUUCUGCCAAAAAACAAAAUCAAACGCGUUUCGUAAUUUUGUUGGAGCGAUUGAUGGCACACAUAUUCGCAUAAAAUGUCCUGUCAACAAACACGAUGAAUACAUCAAUCAUAAAAGGUUCUAUUCUAUCCAGGCGCAGGCGGUUGUGGACAGCGAUUAUAAAUUUACAGAUGUUUUCAUUGGCUACCCAGGAUCUGUACACGAUACACGAGUGUUUGUGAAUAGCCCCUUAUAUGCUAGGGGAGACUAUCCUCCCCGGGGCCAAUUCUUAUUCGGUGAUAAAGGAUACCCAUGCCAAACGUUUCCGGUGGCAGUUAUCACCCCAUUCAAAGAACCUCUGACAUCAAAUCAAGCCAGGUUCAACGUUGCGCAUAGUAGAGGAAGAAUAGUUGUUGAAGCAGCUUUUGGAAUUUUAAAAAAUAGAUGGAGAAACAUAUUUAAUAGAGAUUUGGAAUUGAAAAUUGAAAACUGUAUAAAAACCGUAUUUGCGGCAUUUAUAUUGCACAACAUUUGCAUUCUUGCAGAUGAUUUUGACCUAUCUUCCCUGGCUACUGAGAAUGAAACUAUUAAUAUAGAAUCGGUCCAAUUUGCGCGAAAUAUAUCCGACUCUGAAGAUGGUUUAAGAGUACGAAAUGAAAUUUUCAAUGAAUUCCUUCAAACUAUUUAAGUAUCAAUAAAACAAGACUUAAUUAAAGAGUUUCUUAGGUUUUUAUUUACAUAUGCAUAUCAAAAAUACUUAUUUUUUUUUUAGUUUUU